AUGCUUCUUACGGCUUUGCCUCAACAACGUAUUGAUCGCGUAAGACGGAAACAAUGAAAAUGAUACCAUUUCUAUAAGUGUUUUUUAUUACCAACAAAAAUAUCUGUUACGCUUAAAAGUUCAGUCGUUGCUUAAAAGGGUAAGCCGAAAAACCUGAAAGACACCAAAGGUUGAAGCGUACAGUGCGGCUAUUUUUUUGCUCCACUUUCCGCCCGUGUUUUUCCCCGUUCUGCAAUGUAAUACCGUCGCAUACUUUUCGCACUCCGUUGCCCUGUUGUGUUCAACUGACGUAAUUGUGAAAUGAUAAAUUAUAGUUCUCGUACCUCACAUCUUCCCUCAAAUAAAUUAUUCAAUUUAAGCGUGAUGCUGCGAUAAAUAUUUGUUGCACAGAUUUCGAGGAGGCAUACGUUCGUUGGGAUGAUGAAGAUAACAAUAACAAUAACAAAAGAGGUGGCACGCUUCCGGAAGGUUAUUACGACCAUAACACUCGCAUCGAAUAUUGCUGCCGUACGGAUGGAGAUGCCACAGAAGCCAUUCGCCUCCCAAUUGGCUCACCGUUUGUGCUGAUAAAGGCUAACACCCAAAUCUGUCAGAAAAUGGAUGGAAUGACACAUAAACCAGAGUACUUUGCCUGGGACAGCGAGGAUAAAGAUCCGCAAGCCAACAUUCACGGACCGAUCAAUGUUGAGUUGGGUUCAAACCGUAAAAUAAAAGUUCACUAUUGUUAUUACACUUAA